GCAUUGGAGUUUGUCCUUUCCCUGCUGGCUGGAUUUUCAUUCCGUUUGACCUCCAGCAGCCGGCUGAAAGCCCUUCUCCAACCCGUCAGCAGCUGCCUUCGGGUGAAGGACAUCGGUGGGACAGCGGGGACUGGGACGUGCACGGGGGCAGGACAUUGCCUGGAGCUCGGAGAGCCCCGAGGACGGGCGGGCAGCGAGGCGGGAGGAGGCCGCAGCCGCCAGCCCGGCGAGCCCCCCUCGCACUCUCCCAGCAGUCGCGGAGCACCUGCGGCUGCGGGCGGGUCACAGCCUUAGCUCCCCGGGGCGGCGCGCCGGCUGCGCCGUGUCCCCGGAGUGUCCUCCGCUGCCCAGCUCCUCCCGGUGCGGCGGAGCGGCCGCAGCUCCCGCGGGAUGGCGGCGGGGCUGUGCCUGUGGCUGUGGCUGAGCGCGGCGGCGGCGGCGGAGCUGCGGCUGACCCUGCUGCACACCAACGACGUGCACGGGCGGGUGGAGGCGCAGGGCGAGGGCCCGCGGCGCUGCGAGGCGGCAGCACCGGGAUGCUUCGGCGGCGUGGCGCGGAGAGCGGCGCGGGUGGCGGCGGAGCGGGCCGCGCACCGCAAUGUGCUGCUGCUGGACGCCGGGGACCAGUACCAGGGCACCGUGUGGUUCUCCCGCUUCAAGGGCCGGGAGGCGGUCCACUUCAUGAACCUCCUGCGCUACGAUGCCAUGGCUUUGGGUAACCAUGAGUUUGACGAAGGUGUGAGUGGAUUAUUGGAUCCUCUUCUUAAAAAUGCGAAUUUUACAGUCCUGAGUGCAAAUAUUAAAGGGAAAACUCCAUUAGCAAACGAAAUGAUGAAAUAUGUUCAUCCUUUUAAAAUAGUUCAUUUUGACUCAGAAUCAGUUGGAAUUGUGGGCUACACUACAAAGGAAACGUCUUUUCUUUCACAGCCAGGGGAUGAUGUAACCUUUGAAGAUGAAAUUGAAGCACUGCAACUGCAAGUGAAUAAACUUACUGCUAUGGGAGUGAACAAAAUAAUUGCACUAGGACAUUCUGGUUUUACCGUGGACCAAAAUAUUGCCCAAAAAGUGAAAGGAGUGGAUGUUGUGAUUGGAGGACAUACAAACACAUUUCUCUAUACAGGCACCCCACCCUCUACUGAAGUGCCAGCUGGCCCAUAUCCAUUCAUGGUUGAAUCAGAUGAUGGGAGGAAGGUGCCAGUUGUACAAGCUUAUGCUUAUGGAAAAUAUCUUGGUUACUUAAAUGUUACAUUUGACAAGAAAGGAAAUGUAGUUGAAGCAGUUGGAAACCCCAUUCUGCUGGACAGCAGCAUUCCUGAAGAUGAGCACAUUAAGGAAGAAGUGGAAAAAUGGAGAGAAAACCUGGGGAAUUUUUCUAAAGAGAUUGGAAAAACUAGUGUUUACCUGAAUGGUACAAGCCAAGCAUGCCGUUUCCAAGAAUGUAACAUGGGAAACUUGCUUUGUGAUGCUAUGCUCUAUGAGAAUGUUGGGAGUCCGGAUAAAAAGACAUGGAACCAUGUUUCAAUGUGCAUCCUGAAUGGAGGUGGGAUACGUUCACCCAUUGAUGAGCAGAGCACUAAUGGUAGCAUUACUGUGGAAGAUUUGCUGUCUGUUUUGCCAUUUGGAGGUCGUUUUGAUAUGGUGACAUUAAAAGGCUCCACACUGAAAGAAGCUUUUGAGCACAGUGUGAGGAGAUACGGAAAAGGAAGUGGAGAGCUGCUGCAGGUUGGAGGCAUCCACGUGGUCUAUGACCUCUCCAGAGCCCCAGGAAGCAGAGUUGUUAGUUUAGAAGUGCUUUGCACAGCCUGCCGAGUCCCAGCCUAUGUCCCACUCCAGAUGGAUGAAAUAUACAACGUGACUCUGCCAUCCUAUAUGUUAUUUGGAGGAGAUGGCUACAGUAUGCUGAAAGACAAGAAUUUGGGAUACAGUAAAGGUGAACCUGACAUCGAAGUUGUUUCCCGCUACCUCCAGAGAAUGAAGAGAGUUUACCCAGCAGUUGAAGGUCGAAUAAAAUUUUCUUCUGGAAGUCUUAUCGAAGCAAGUCUCUCCCUGAUCUCUGUAUUGUUCACUGUAACAUUCUUGCACACUUGAUUUUUUGUUUGGGGGAAAACAGGAAGCAAGAUGAUACUGAUGAAGCUGUGAGAGCUGUUGUCUUCUGUUACACCUUACAAUGAAUGAGCAGUGAGGUUGCUGCAUGUCAGCAGUGAGCAGCCCCCGGCAUUGUCUUUGACCUUGUGGUGCCACUGGAGCACUGUCUGCAGGGCAAGGGGACAGAAUCCAUGGCUUCUCUUGGUCAGAAUCAGCAGGUACCUGAAACAGGUCUCAAAAGCAAAGUUCCAGUGAAUACUUACUGCUCAAUCAUAAAACAAUGACAGACUGAAAUGAGGUAUUAUAAAUUGUCAAAUUCUUUUACCUGCGAUAGACAGUGAACCUGAUUCCAGAUGUUAAUAAGCUUCUAGAAAUGGAUUUUUUAUAGAUGUAUAUUCCCUUCUUUUAUCUCCACUCAGGGUUAAGGUAUUCAGUCUAAUAUCUCUACUUUGCUUCCAGUCAUUUAUCAUACCUACAUGAAUGCCUGAAAGAGCUGGAUUAAACUCAGAGCCAUUAAAAUCAUGAGGUCUAUUUGAUAUGCAAUUUUAAAGUUUUUGUUUUACUUUUGAAAAAGAAAUAUCACUUAUACUUAUAUUUUCCAAUAAUAAAGGAUGCAAUGAAAGCUUGACUUGAUUUUGAUCAAUUUUAAUAAAUUGAGUAUUUUUCACUCUUGAAUAUUCUUUACCAGUUUGGGGGAUUGUAUCUAGAGUGAGAACAGAAUCUGUGACUGUAUUUCAUAUAAACAUGUCAAUUUUAUACCUCUUCCAAAGAACAAUGCACAGGACUGCUGCCCGUCACUCUGUAUUAGCAACAUUCCAUGAAAAUAGAUACAGGCAUUGAUCCUGCAGCACUUUUGGCAUCCUUUGGAAAUAGUCAGGUAAUGGGGCUUUUUACAGCAUGACCUGGUUUUAUGAUAACUGUGAUUAUACCUCUUCUAUGGGAAGGCUGUGUUUAAAAAAAUAGUUGUAAGAGACAGGCUAAUGGGUAUGAAAUCAGAUUAAAAGCUAAAUGUACAUUGCUGAUGCUUUAUCAAGAAAAUAAGGGAAAAAAUAUUUUUCUAAGAUUACUGGGAAUUUUGACAUCAACAUGUUUGGAUUGUUUAAUCUGUUUUAAACUGAUUGUAAGUGUUUUGAAUAAACCUGAUCUGUUUUCCUGGAAAGCUCACUACACUCUUUUUCAACACUGAAGCUCUUUCAUUCCCUGCACCUGUAGAUUUCAAGGAGAAAGUGCAUUAAGAUAAACAUUCAGUAUGUUGAAAUUUAAAGACUCUAUUAAUUUCUAUAUCCAUUCAAGGAUUUAAGCCUGAAGGGCUCUGGACUACACUGCUGCAUUAGGUAAGGGGUGCUAAGAACAGGGAGACAAACGAUGACUGCCCUUGACACACUACGAGUCAUGCCCUGGCACUGAUGAUUUGUCACUCCCUAAAUUGUUAAUUAAAAGAAUGGUCAUCACAUAUCAACAUCAAACCAGUAACAGGGAAGGCACUGAUGGACGGAGUUGUACCUGAACUCCAAUUUUCAGAGCUGCAACCACUGCUUUGGCAGAGCCAGAAAGGAGGGAAGUAGCACUUUCACCUUCCUUUGGCAAACAGAAGGGAAAGAUUUGCCAUAGUAAUACAGACAAAUUAUACUGCCAAAGAACACCCAUGCUGCAUUAGAUUGGUUUGUAAAAAAGAGAAAAUGGGUGUUUGAAACAAAAAACUGAGGAAAGCUAUUAAGGCAGGCAUUACUUUAGUAUGUAUUUAUGUAUUGUUCUGUGAGUAAAACUUGUUAAAAAUCCACUCAUAAAAGGCUUUUUCAAAAUCUUUUAUAAAGGCUGGACCAGCAAAUUAAGAUUUACAGAGAAAAAUCUUCCACACAUUUUUAUAUGAAUGAAUUUUUAUAAAAUGCUGUGAACAGGCUAACAUCCUCUUUUCUAAGCCUGUAAAGAGGAUGUCAGAAAAAAACCCACAAAACCAGAUAAGAAACUGCAGAAAAAUAAAGGCAAAGUUAAAAGUCAAAACCACUUCUCACAUCUGUUAUUAUUUUAAGAGCGCUUUAGAUUUGAAGAUCAGGUAUUAAAAAGACUAAAUUACAAAUGUGAUUUUCCAUGGUCACAGUAAGAUGAAGGCUGAAGACAGUUCUGAGAUUAAUUACUUGUAUUCAAUAGAUUCAAUCAUAUGCUUCUGUUGUAAAAAAAAAAAAGGAUUUGUUAAGACAUUUUAAAAUAAUGGGAGUAUUCUACAAAUUUUCUACGUAUCCUUUCAGGAAGACACCCAGUAAUUGUUCU